AAGGCGGAUGCACACUCGCUGAUCUCUCCCUUUAUCCUCCUCCAUUCAGGGCACGGAGCUUGGACCGAGUCCCUGUGAGCUGGAGACAGACCAUGGGCCGCCGACCUGCCCGCUGUUACAGAUACUGUAAGAACAAGCCUUACCCCAAGUCCCGCUUCUGUCGGGGUGUCCCAGAUCCUAAGAUCCGGAUUUUUGAUCUGGGGCGUAAGAAGGCGAAGGUGGAUGAGUUCCCACUGUGUGGCCACAUGGUGUCUGAUGAGUACGAACAGCUGUCUUCUGAAGCUCUGGAGGCAGCCCGUAUUUGUGCAAACAAGUACAUGGUGAAGACUUGUGGCAAAGAUGGCUUCCACAUCCGGAUGCGUCUCCAUCCGUUCCAUGUGAUCCGUAUCAACAAGAUGUUGUCAUGUGCCGGUGCUGAUCGCCGGCUGACGAGGGUGGGAGGAGCUUUUGGCAAGCCCCAGGGCACUGUUGCCCGGGUGAAUAUUGGGCAGGUUAUCAUGUCAGUGCGCACUAAAGCCCAGCACAAGGAGCAUGUCAUUGAGGCCCUGCGUAGGGCCAAGUUCAAGUUUCCAGGCCGCCAGAAGAUCCACAUCUCGAAGAAGUGGGGCUUCACAAAGUUUAACGCGGAGGAUUUUGACGAUAUGGUGGCGGAGAAGCGAUUGAUCCCUGACGGCUGUGGGGUGAAGUACGUGCCAGAACGUGGCCCCCUCAGCGUCUGGCGAGCCCUGCACGCGGUGUGAGCGCUCAUUCUACAGUACAGCUUUUACCAUUAAAAGAAAUAUCUUCAUCCCCUGA